GGAAAAAAAAAAAAAAAGAAAACAAAAGCAAACAAAAUUUGAUACGAAUGGAAGCUGAAGAAUUGGAAAAAGUUGCUCAGAAGAGAGAGACAGAAGAACCCGCGCCUGGGUUCCAUCGAAUCCAGGCGUGCUGGGUUCGACGGAACCCACGCUUGGGUUCCAUCAAAGAACCCAGGCGUUGGGUUCCAAAGAACCUGCGCUUGGGUUCUAAGGAACCCAAGCGUGCUGGUUCGAAGGAACCCACGCCUGGGUUCCAUCGAGCCCAGCACUUGGGUUCCAAAGAACCCAGCGCCUGUUGGGUUCAAUGGAACCCACGCCUGGGUUCCAUCAAAGAACCCAGGCGUCGAGUUCCAAAGAACCUGCGCUUGGGUUCCUUGGAACCCAAGCAUGCUGGGUUCAAAGGAACCCACGCCUGGGUUCCAUCGAACCCAGCGCUUGGAUUCCAAGGCUUGCUGGUAGACCCUUUCCAACUUCGUGUUGCGUCGGUUGUGCCUGCUAUGUCUACUGAUCCUUCUACUUCUGGUUUUUUGCCGAUUUUGACUUCUACUGAUGGUGUGGGUACUCCACCUUCUUCUUCUUUGUCUGAGUUUUUUGAUGUUUUCUGCCUUCCCUGUAAUGCAGAUGGGAAGUUUGUUGUGAAAGAUGCUUCACGCCAUGUGGAGAGGGAUCUUGUGAUUCCUUUUAUCCCUAUAGAGGUUCCUUUGGUUUCUUCUUCAAAGGGUGGAAAAGUUGCUCUCCCUCUAGGCUCAGCAAAGGUGUUCUGUGAUCUCGAUAAGGUGUCUUGGGUUACUAGUAGUUGUGAUGUGGAUGAGAUUAGGGAGAUUUAUAAAAAGAACUUGAUAGAUUUGUAGGUUUUUCCUCCUUAACAUCUCGUGCACCGCGCAACGUUUCUAUGCCUUCCUCCUAAUGUGUGUCUACAAGGAUCAAUUUGCAUAUGGGUUGCAUUUUCCUUUGUAUCCUCUUUUUCUUGAAAUUUGUGAUGAAUUCUCUAUUAGCCUUUCCCAAUUGGCUCCUCGUGUUGUUGCUUAUAUUGUUGCCUUCAUUGUGAGAUGUUUCCUUAUAUUCUAAAAUUCGCAUUAACCUCUGUAGCACAUCUUGCAUAGCUUUUGUCAAGGUACACCAAAAACUUGCUCGUCGCUUUUUACUUGCGUAACUUCUGCUUAGGUAUUUAUGUACACCUAAACUUGCUCACAACUUUUUGCUUGUGUAACUUUUGCUUGGGCAUUUAAUGUACACCCAAACUUGCUCACAGCUUUUGCUUGUGUAACUUCUGCUUGGGCAUUUAAUGUACACCCAAACUUGCUCACAGCUUUUGCUUGUGUAACUUUUGUUUGGGUAUUUAAUGUACACCCAAACUGGCUCAUGGCAUUUUGCUUGUGUAACUUCUGCUUGGGUAUUUAAUGUACACCCAAACUUGCUCACAACUUUUGCUUGUGUAAUUUCUGCUUGGGUAUUUAAUGUACACCCAAAUUUGCUUACAGCUUUUUGCUUGUGUAACUUUUGCUUGGAUAUUUAUGUACACCCAAACUUGCUCACAGCUUUUGCUUGCAUAUUAUAUCAUCUUAAGAUUUUCUCCCGCAUAGGUUCAGAGUAGAAAUAAGCUAUAUAGAUUUUG